CCUGCCUCUCUCUCUCUCUCUCUCUCUCUCUCUCUCUCUACUUUAUGCCAAUUUCUGAUUCAGGGUCAUCAAGAAAGCUUGAGAAUUUAGGCAUAGCAUUGGAGGGUUUUCAAGGAGAUCAAGAAGAUCAAUUUUGGGUUAAUUAUUACAACAUGAGGAAGCGUCAAGUUGUAGUGAGAAGACAAGAGCCAAAUGCAUCAACAACAUCCUCCUCAAUCACAAUCAGGACUGUGAGAUAUGGAGAGUGCCAAAAGAAUCAUGCGGCCGGUGUCGGUGGAUACGCUGUUGAUGGGUGUAGAGAAUUCAUGGCAAGUGGAGAAGAAGGAACAACUUCUGCACUUACUUGUGCUGCUUGUGGUUGUCACAGGGACUUCCACAGAAGGGAAUUGGAGACUGAAGUGUAAUAGUUUUUUGGGUUUGAUGGCUGAGAUUAAUCUCCGGGCGGCCGGAGCAAGAAUGACAAGGAAGAAAUUACGAUUUGUCGUUAUCCAACUUGAUAAUUGAAUUUGAGUUCAGAUUCAGUGGUGUUAGGCUAUAGAUCAAAGCAAUUCAUGAAUGAUGGUGAUGAAAUAUGGUAUAAUUGAUUUGAUGUUUGAUUGUGAUAAAGUUAAUUAAUUUAACAUUGAUGUGAUUUAGCUCUUUAA